AUGUCCUGCCCGCUCCCAGCUGGGACUGCCACCAGCUCCCCAACCCCGCUCCCUGGCCCCAGUGCAAGCUCCCCCGACCCUGUAACCAACAACCCCCAGCCGCCCACGCUUACCAGAGAGGACAGGGAGCUGGUGACUGCUGCUUCUGCCGCUGACACAGCAGCACAACAGAACAGCUGGGAGACAAGCCCCCGCAAUGAAGCAGAAGCUGGGAACAGCCUGAGACAGUUGCCCUUAGAGGGUCCAGCCCCUAAGAAGGGCUCCAAAAAGGCGAUCAUGAAGGCGCAGAAGAAGGGCGACAAGAAGCGCAAGAAGAGCCGCAAGGAGAGCUAUUCCAUCUACAUGUACAAGGUGCUGAAGCAGCCACACCCGGACACAGGCAUUUCCUCCAAGGCCAUGAGCAUCAUGAACCCCUUCGUUGACGACAUCUUCAAGCGCAUCGCCCCUAAAGCCUCCCGCCUGGCCCACUACAACAAGUGCUCCACUAUCACCUCCCGCGAGAUCCAGACCACCGUGCACCUCCUGCUGCCCAGGGAACUGGCCAAGUGUGCCGUCACCGAAGGCACCAAGGCUGUCAUCAAGUCCUAG